AUGAAACGAAAGUGUCGAGGAUACGAGACUGGCUACGCAUUUGCACGAGUAGUCAUCCUCAGUGCGGACCGAAAUGGCCUUGUGAAGCGCCAAGGAGACUGGUCGAUUUGGGUGUGGAUAAUUCCGGUGCCUUCAAGUUGGUGUCGACUGCAAGCAUGA